AUGUCUUCUUUUAAAGAGGCAAGUAUAAGUGCAGACACGGAGAAAGGAACCGCAACCAAGACAGCGAGCGAGAACAGUAGUCUCCGGGCUGGUAUAGUAGAGCACCGAGAGAAUGACAACAACAACGACAACAACAACAACAGCGAAGCCGCUACAGAAAAGCACUCGAAUCUCAAGCGGAACCUGGGAAACCGCCAAAUCCAACUAAUCGCCAUUGGCGGCUCUAUUGGCACAGCAACCUUUGUGACCAUCGGCGCCGGCCUCGCGCAAGCCGGACCGGCAGGCCUCUUGCUCGCCUACCUCGUGCAGUGCUGCUUCGUGGCCCUCGCCAACAACAGCAUGGCCGAGAUGGCCGUCUUGAUGCCCGUCAGCAGCGCCUUUAUCCGCAUGGCCGGCCACUGGGUCGAUCCUGCGCUGGGCUUCCUGGCCGGCUGGAACUUUUUCUUUUACGAGGCCGUCAACAUUCCGUUUGAGAUUUCCGCCAUUACCGUCGUUUUGGGAUUCUGGCGCGACGACAUUCCUCCAGCAGCAGUGGUUGCAGUUUGUAUAGUACUGUAUUUCACUGUCAAUGUUUUUGCCGUUCAAUGGUUUGGCGAGAGCGAAUUUUGGCUGGCGACUGGCAAGAUAUUCCUCACCGUUAUUCUCUUUUGCUUCACCUUCAUCACCAUGGUCGGUGGCAAUCCUCAGCACGACGCAUACGGCUUUCGCUACUGGAGAAGCCCUGGCCCUUUUGCAGAGUACCUGGCCACAGGGAAUCUGGGCCGCUUUCAAGGCUUCCUGUCCGCGUUAUGGAGCGCCGUCUUUACCAUUGUCGGCCCCGAGUACGUUUCCAUGCUCGCAGGCGAAGCCAUCUUGCCACGACGAAAUUUAAAAAGUGCCUUUCGCGCCACGUAUGGCCGCUUGAUAUUCUUCUUUCUGCUCAGCGCUAUAUGCGUGAGCAUCGUCAUCCCGUACAACGACCCGGCUCUGGUGGAUGCGCUCAGCUCUGGUAAAGGCUCCGCCGCCACGGCAUCGCCGUACGUGAUUGCAAUGGAGAAUAUGGGGAUCCAUGUACUGCCUCACAUUACAACUGCUCUCCUUAUCACGAGCAUCUUCUCGGCAGGCAAUGCAUACACUUACUAUGCUAGUAGGAGUUUGUAUGGCCUUGCGCUCGAGGGGCAAGCCCCGGCUUUGCUAGCAACGUGCACAGCCUCUGGAGUCCCCAUUUGUUGCCUACUUGUUACCAUGAUUUUCCCUUGCUUGGCGUUUCUCAACGUGUCCAGCAGCACAGCAGACGUCUUGACCUGGCUCAUCAACUUGGUCACCAGCUCCGGCAUCAUCAACUACACCAUAAUCAGCGUCACUUAUCUGUUCUUCUACCGUGCAACCCGCUUUCAAGGCCUCGAUAGAAAACAACUUCCAUAUUACGGAUACGGUCAGCCAUAUGCAACGAUUGCUGCCCUUUUAUAUUUCCUCGCAGUCCUCGGUGCCAAUGGCUAUGCCAUCUUUCUACCCGGAAAUUGGGACGUCAAGGGCCUAUUUACUCACUACACCAUGAUAUUCCUGAGCCCAGUGCUGUACCUAGGCUGGAAAAUUAUUCACAAAACUCGAAUAAUAACCGCCGACCAAGCGGAUCUUGUCUGGGAAAGCACUGCCAUUGACGAGUACGAACAAUCUUAUGAAGGGGAGAUCUCUCGCGGCUCUUGGUGGGAGAUUCUAAAUAUAUUUCGUUGCAGGGGUCUUAGAAACAGAGUAUCCUAA